UGGCUUAUAUUUGGUUACGUUCAUGUCCUCAGUAUGAGCCGUGCGUGCAGCGGUAAAGCUGUUUGUCCCUUACGACUUUCCGUCGAACGGCGUAAACAUGUCGGCUCCCUUCAUGUCUCUGCGCAGAUGUUGCCAGCGGUCGGCUCUCCUCAUCGUCACCAGGCGACCGAGGAGCUCCAGCUCGGUGUCCCCUCCUCCUCCUCCUCCUCCUCUGCACACCAGGCUUCUCCUCUCCCUCACACAGCGUUUCUACGACGUAGAGAUGCUCCUGAGCUGGAGGUCUCAGUGGAGGAGGAAGGGGAUCCGGAAGAAGAAUGCUUACUACGGCUACACUCAGAGGUUUUAUGGAUCAGACCUAGCAGCAGCAUAUUAUGUCUUGAGUAUGAAGGGAGCAUUUAGGUUUGUUGGCCAAACAGAGUGGUACUGUCCAGACAAGAGGGGCAAGUUUAACUGGGACUUCUUGAAUCACAGAGACACACAGCUAGAGGAAGUAAACAUGAACUACACACUCAUCAAUUACACAGGACUGGUCAAUCUUGAGGAGCAGCGAUCUUUGCGGACUCUGUCAGUACGAGGAUGUUCCGAAGUGGAUGACUGGUUCCUGGCCAGGCUCCACGUGUUGCAGGACUCUCUGGAGGAACUGGACAUCUCUCACUGUCCACACAUCACUACAGGCGGCCUGGCUGCACUCAGAAAUCUCAAAGGACUGCGGCGUCUGGACGUGUCAUCCCUUCCUGGGAUUUCUAGUCCAGGGUUGGUCAUUAUCCUGCUGGAGGAGAUGUUACCGCAGUGCCAGAUUACCGCUACUGGCUAUGACCUCAGCCUGAGGUAGGAGAGAGCAGAGAGGAGCAAGGAGCAAAUCCAAGGGUAGAGUGUCAACAAGGACGGCAAUCUGAGGAAUCUAUGGACUCAAUUCAUGAAGAAAAAUAGUCCUCUGUCCUCUGGGUCAUCACAGGUUAUUUUCAGCAUCAGACUAAAUCAGUUUGGUUAUCACAGGGAAAGAAAAAAAUGAAUUUUUCAACCGACAUCACGUCUUGACACACUCCACCAAUUAACCACUUACAGAUCCAAGUUAUAAAGGCAUGUGAAAGAAUCGGUCUGCUUCUGUUUUCCUCAAGAAUCAACUUGUAGUAAAAGGUGUGCACAUUUAUGAUGGAACAAAAAUGUAUGUUAAAUAAUGCCUCUGUCAAGCUAAUUAAAGUCUGUCAUCAUGUGUGGUAAUGGUGUCCUUUGCUUGAAAUGUAAAUAUAAUUGUAAAUAAAUCUAAAUAAAGAUUUUAUUGUUCA